AGCGCGGGGGCUCAGCGCGCGCUCGCCGCACCCAGCAUGGCCUCUCGCAGCGCGGGCACCCUCCUGACCGAGUUCAAUGCCGCCUAUGUGCCCCCCGGCCUCAUGCCCGGGUACCAAGGCCAUGUUCCCAGUGUGGCCUUCUCCUUCGGCUCCACCUAUGGCAACACCACUCUCAGGUACUUCCAGGACCAACGCAACAUGGCCAUGGAGAAGAGCCACACGUCCUACAGCAAAGGGGGCCACUUCCCGACCAUCUUCUCCCCAAACCCCAACCUCGUGCUGAGUAACCGCUCCCGCACCUGGGGCCGCUGGCUGCACAUCCCCAGCUACACCCGCUUCAACCUGGACAGUGACCGCUCCAACGAGCUCGUGCAUUUCUACCAGAUGGUACAGCAGCACCGAGAGCACUAUCAAGACAAGACGGGCAUGGCACCCCGGGUCCCCUACUUCGUGCUGCCUGUGAGAGAGCCUGCCCGGUACCCCAUCCCCACCGACCUGCCUCCUCUGACCCCAAAGAACAAGUGGCACCUUUUAAGGGUGUCCCCCGAGAACCUGAGGACCUACCAGACGUUCCCAUCAGGGAAGAGGGUCUCCCCACGGGAGCGGCAGAAGAGGGACUGCUACUUUGAGUUCAGAGCGUGAGGCCAGCCUGCUGAUGUCUAGCAGCCUUGGCCCUGAUCGGGUGGCUCGUUUGCAAUAAAAUCUUAAGCCAUGAUCAUCCCUGGGUCCCAGGAACAUCUAAUCAGAGCAGGAUAGCGCCUCUGAAGGUCACACAGCAUUGGGUCUUAGGGCCUGUGGAAAGGUCAGCCCAAGGGAUUCAAGCCAAGAAAAGGCACUGUCCAGCUACCUGCCAGACCACCACCCUCUCUCCCAGGGUGAGGGCAGGAAGAGCAGAGAAGUGGAGGGUUCCCAAGUCUUGGCGGCAGGCCACUCAGGUGCAGAGAUCCCUGCCACCUGCUUCCACUGGCCCAAUCAAGGAAGCCCGAUUAUGUACAUCUGAGAAUGAGGAUGAAGUGAUCCCAGAAAAAUUGCGCUGAGUGUCCAGUGGAAAGGAAUUCCCAUUUGGGCUCCAACUCCACAUCGUUUAGUCUGUGUGAUAACUUUGUAAGGGAGGUAUUACUAUCCCCACUUUACUGAUAAAGAGACUGAGGGUCAGAGAGGUUGAGAAAGUUUCCUAAGGUCACGCAUCUCAUGAGACAGCCAGGAUUUGAGUCAAGGUCUUUCUGACUCCUGUGCCCCUGAUUUUUGGGGCUGCAUUUCCUGCUUAUGACCCACCUGGAGGCUGAAGCUCCCUGGGGUGGGCGGUGCCCCAGAGAAGAAGCUGUGUAAAGCAGCUGUUUCCAUUGCAUUCUGCCAGACGGCAUGCACAGGCAUCAGCUGCUACCCUCAAGACCAUUUCUAGAAGGGUUUGUGAGGGAGUGAAUCAGGACUAACCCACCUCUUCAAGGAAUCGCUAUGUUUCAGGGGCUUCUAGGUCAGAAGUGGACACCUGGA